CGAGCAGUAAUUAUGGAAGUCUUGUCCUCCGGGCUUAACAACCGCAAAUAAACUAGAGUGCAGAAGUUGAAGUUGAAGUUGUUGUAAAAUGAAAAGCUAUUAUUAAUUGUGAAUAUUGUUGUUAUUUUGUUGCGCCUACGGAGCCCCGGAUAUGAAACUUGUUUUUAUGCAGCGAUAGAGGCCGGAGUUUGUUUGUGGAUGGCUACAAAAUAAAGUUAACCAUGAGUAGCCGAAGAAAGAGGGCACCCCCUGUGAGGGUGGAUGAACAAGCAAAAAAGAUGCUGAGUUGGAACAUGCUGGAGGAUCGUAGGAAUGAGGUGAUCCACAAUCAUGAUAAUCAGAUGCCAUCCUGCUCAAUUCUUUCCAUAGAUCCCACUCCAGACCACCAUCUGCUUCCCCUCAUUGAGGAUAUCACAGAGACUGCUGGUACAAGCUCAUCCCAGCAUGUGGAGGAACUACCCACCAAAUCAUCAGACAGCACCUCCAUCUCAGCGUCUCUGUCACUCACUGUGCUGCCAGCAUCCACAAUAGGGGUCGUUUGGAAGGCAAUUAUAGGAGAGUUCAUCAUCCACCCAGCUUGGCGUCCACCAGACUGUGAACAUAGAGUUUUUACGCUCCACAGGACAGGUAGUCAACUCUGCCUCAGCUACAACAGCUGUGAUGAGAGUUCACAGCCGCAGUGGAGGUCGGAUGGUGAUGCAUGCACAGCUGAGUGCAGCCUCAGUAGGAUCUCGCUGGAGGAUCUUGACUGGAUGCAAAAAAGAAGGGUGGUGCAACUCCACCACCAGACAAACGAAGAGUCAUUCAAAGUGGGGAUUUACCUGCUAGAAACUGGUCUAGGGAAGCCUGAGUUCCUCAGCGAGGGAAAUGCUCGGUUGAAAAAGGCAAAUCAGCUAAUGCAGAAGUUAAUGGAGUAUUUCUAUGAUUUCAUCAUUCCUGAGGUAGUAGAGAAUGAGGAGGAGGAGUGUGACACUGAGCUGGAGAGGCAGAACGUGGAGGAGCUUUAUGAUUACGUGAGGCGUGUGCACCAGAGAGACAGCCAGGAAGGGACCUGUGAUGUCCAACACAAGGCUCUCAUUCCUGUGCUCAGGCCGUAUCAGCAGCAAGCUGUUAACUGGAUGCUGAGGAAAGAGAAAUACAAAAACACGGCCAGUAAAGAACAAUCACUCCAUUUCCUUUGGCGGGAGUUGGUGACCCUGUGUGGCAAAAAGUUGUUUUACAACCCUUUUACUGGCUGCAUAAUCCGUGAAUUUCCUUUAGCUGGCAUGGAGCAGCCUGGUGGGAUCCUUGCUGAUGAAAUGGGGCUUGGAAAGACUGUGGAAGUGCUGUCUCUUAUCCUGUUACACACUCGUCAGGACGUGGAGCAAGAGGCCCUCACCCUGCCGGUGGGAAAAUCUGUGAAUUAUUUUGUUCCUCCCCCACCACUGGAAAGACAGAAAGUUAUCCGCUCCAAGUCAGAAGCUCAACCUAAAAUGAAAAUAUCCUACCCAACUCUGCGUGUCAUGCUGCUCACUGCAAUAAAGGAGAUGAGAACAGGCAAAGGAGCAUCAGUCAAUGCCAUCUUCACUUAUAUCCGUACCACUUACCGUUAUGACCUUUUAAAGAACCGCAACCACAUCAGGAAAACACUGAUGAAGCUGAUAAAUGAGGGCUUGGUUGACCGGGUCAAAGGUCGUGGCCUAGCAGGGUCAUUCAAGCUCGGGAAGAACUACAAAGAAACAAAGAAGACAUUUGCAGGAACAUCCAAAUCAAAUUCCAGAAACUCAGACAGCACACCCAGGAAACUGUUCCAGAGGCGAGCAAAAGAGAAGGCAGAAGCGGCGCUGGCAAACUCCCUUACAGAAGAUGAAAAAGAUGCAAAUUCUCCUACAGCUGACUUAAAGAAGGAACCAGGAGAAAGUCUGAACACCACAGUCGAUCAGUCACAUGACGUGCUGGAUAUUUCUCAGGGGUUGCCAUCUCUUUCCUCAACAAAUCUAACCAUGUCUCAGGAUAAAAGUGAGUCAAACACGCAGGAUAUACCAAGACUGGAUGAUCUACUUGAAGAAAAGGGAGAAACUCCACAGCUAGAUUUACAAGAAGAUACAGAAACACUCACCAGAGCAUCUUUGGUCCCUUUCAACACACCUGAUUACCGCUUUGAGUGUAUCUGUGGCGAGCUGGGUCUUAUUGACUACAAGGCCCGUGUUCAGUGCAUGAACUGUCAGCUGUGGCAGCACGCAGAGUGUGUCAACUACAAAGAGGAAAGCCUUGAAACAACUCCUUUCUACUGCCCACACUGCCUGGUAGCCAUGAAACCCGUGUCCACCGGUGCCACCCUCAUCAUUUCUCCAAGCUCCAUCUGUCAUCAAUGGGUGGAGGAGAUCAACCGCCACAUCAGGUCUUCUUCACUGCGAGUGCUGGUUUAUCAGGGUGUUAAGAAGCACGGAUUCAUCCAACCUCAUAUGCUUGCUGAGCAGGAUGUUGUCAUCACCACCUAUGACGUGCUGCGAUCAGAGCUCAACUACGUUGAUAUUCCCCACAGCAACAGCAAGGAUGGGCGCCGCUUCCGCAACCAGAAGCGCUACAUGGCAGUACCAAGCCCCCUGGUGGCUGUGGAGUGGUGGCGCAUCUGUCUGGAUGAGGCUCAAAUGGUCGAAUGCCCCACAGCCAAGGCUGCAGAAAUGGCUCUGCGUCUUGCAUGUGUCAACCGCUGGUGUGUAACUGGCACUCCGGUCCAGAGAGGCUUAGAGGAUCUGUAUGGGCUUGUGCUUUUCCUGGGAGUUGAUCCACACUGGGUGAAACACUGGUGGGACCAGCUGCUUUAUCGACCUUAUCGACGUGGAAACACAGAGCCCCUUUACAACCUAAUCAGUCAGUUAUUAUGGCGAUCAGCUAAAAAAGAUGUCAUUGAUCAGAUCCAGAUUCCUCCACAGACAGAGGAGGUACACUGGCUGCGCUUCUCUCCCGUAGAGGGUCACUUCUACCACCGUCAGCAUGAGGUCUGCUCCCAGGAUGCUCUGGUCAAACUCAGGAAGAUCUCUGACUGGAGCCUAAAACUUGGCAGCCUGGAUCGCCGCACUGUUGACACCAUCCUGUGGCCGCUGCUGAGGCUUCGCCAGGCCUGCUGCCAUCCACAGGCUGUUAGAGGGGAGUUCCUGCCUUUGCAGAAAAGCACCAUGACAAUGGAGGAGCUCCUGAAGUCCCUGCAGAAAAAAUGUCGUGUGGAGUGUGAAGAAGCUCACAGACAAUUGGUGUGUGCUCUCAAUGGCAUGGCUGGAAUCCACAUCAUCAGAGACGAGUUUGUUGAAGCAGCAGAGAUGUACAGAGAAGUUCUGCGCUCCUCAGAGGAGCACAAAGACAGACUGAAAACGGAUUCUUUACAGAGGCUUCAUGCUACCCACAAUUUGAUGGAACUUCUGAGUGCAAAGCAUGCUGGGAUACCUCCUACACUGAGAGAUGACCGACUAAGUGAGGAGGCUGAGCAGCUGAGACAGCACUACAUGACUAAAUAUGACUCUGAGGUGUCAGAUGCCCAUCAGGCCCUGCAGCCUGUGCUACAGAACAUCAAAGAGCUGAAGCGCAAAGUCAACUUGAACUCUCCGUGGUGGAUGGAUGUUAUACAGAAUGCGAUUAAAUGCUCUAUAGAUGAUGACCUGGUGUCCCGCAUCAAGAAUGAACUGACUUCCAGCUACAAAGAACAAGCCAAUAAACUCUCCAUGGCCGACAAGUUUCGUGAUGGUCAUGGACUCCAGUUUCUACUCACUACACAAAUGCAAGAUCUCAUAAAAUCCCAAAAGACUGUGCAAGGCGCAGUGAAGAGUCUCGAAGGCCCAGCUUCACAAAACGUGAUUGAUGAGGCGACUGUUUGCCACCUGAGGCCAAUGCGACUACCACUCAAUAAUUGCGUUUUUUGCAAAGCAGAUGAACUUUUCACAGAUUAUGAGUCCAAGUUGUUCUCUCAAACGGUGAAAGGUCAGAUGGCUAUCUUUGAAGAAAUGAUUGAGGAUGAAGAGGGGCUGGUGGACGAUCGCCUCCCCACCACCAGCAGAGGUUUGUGGGCAGUCAGUGAGACUGAACGAGCUCUGAAGGCGAUCCUGUCCUUUGCUAAAGUGAAACGCAUGGAUCCAGUGCUGGUGGAGGAAGGCAACACUUUUAUGGAGCUGUUUGAGAACUGGAAGAAGGAGUACAAGGUGCUACAUGAGUAUUGGAUGGUGCUGAGGAACCAUGUGUCUGCUAUUGAUGAGUUAGGAAUGGCCACAGAGAGACUACGUGUGCGUCUGCCUGAUGAGCCAAAGCCCAAACUGCCGCACAUCAUAGAACCACACGAGGUGGAGCAGAACAGAGUGAAGCUUUUGAACGACCAAGCAGUGGCCAAGUCUCAACUCCAAAAGAAGCUUGGCCAAUUUCUGUAUCUUACAAAUUUGGAAAAGUCCCAGGAUAAGUCUACAGGAGGCUUGAACCCAGAGCCAUGUCCCAUCUGCUCUCGACCCCUGGGACAGGAGUGGGCUGUACUAACAUGUGGCCACUGUUUCUGUAAUGGCUGCAUCGCUAUCAUUGUGGAGCAGUAUAGUGUGGGGUUGCGACGCCGUGCUAUCACAUGUGCCAUUUGUAGACAGACCACCUCCCACGCAGAGAUCUCCUAUGUGUUCACUACCCAGUCAUCUCAUCCAGACCAGGAAAUCCCAGUGAAGGGAAGCCACUCGACCAAAGUGGAGGCCGUGGUGAGAACCUUAAAGAAAAUUCAAGUGAUCGAUCCCGGAGCCAAAUGUCUCGUCUUCUCCUCGUGGCAGAGUGUUCUGGAUAUAAUUGCUAAGGCUUUGUUUGACAACAACAUGGAAUUCUCACAAAUCAAUGGAAUUCACAAAUUCCAGGAGAAUCUGAGUUCCUUCAAAUAUUCAGAGACGAUCAACAUUCUUCUCCUCCCUCUCCACACGGGCUCCAAUGGGCUGAAUAUCAUUGAAGCAACUCACGUGUUGCUGGUUGAGCCCAUCCUCAACCCAGCUCAUGAGCUCCAAGCUAUAGGCAGGGUGCACCGUAUCGGCCAAACCAAGCCAACAUUUGUUCAUAGAUUCCUCAUCAAAUCAACGAUCGAAGAACGAAUGCAAGCAAUGCUGAAGACUGCAGAAAAAAGUCACAGCAGCACGGCCAUGAAGCACUCUGAGGCUGCAGUACUGACGGUGGCCGACCUCGCUGAUCUAUUUACAGACGACUCUGAACCUCUGGAGUGAACCUGAUCACCGUCCUGUACUCAGAGGGAACGUCAAUACACACAAGUAGGAAAAGACCAAAACUCAAAAAAAAAAAAAAAAAACCUUUCCACUGAUGAGACAAAUUGUCUGACUUUGCACAUUCCACUUUUUAUGUCUUUGCAUCAAAAGCUAUUUUAUCAACUCACUAACAGUCGACUGCAGCUAUGUGUGAAGAAUUCACAUUUUAAAUCUUGACACAUUUGUGGUUUUACCUUCCUUGUUAUAAUUGUUGUACUUCAGUCACAAACUGAACUGUUCACAUAUGUUUGAUUAUCACAUGACGAGACUGUACAAUAUUUAUUGAUUGUAUUAAUGUAAUUUGAUAAAUGUGUGCAUUCAUAAAGAACUUUGUAUGUGAAGAGUUGGAAAUGGAUUGAUACAAAUGCUUACGUAACAUCAGUAAUUUGGGUUUUUCAGUAAAUAAAACUGACUGUUGACAGUGUAUCAGCAACUCCUGUCCAGUUCUGCUCUGUCGCUGCUUUUACUGGAAUUCAUGCGUAAUAAAAACAGAAAGCAGAAAGAAAGAUGUGGCUCUUUAUGACAGAAGGAAAGAGAUGUUAGAGCAAUUAUUUUCUUGCAGGUAAUGUUUAGAAAUCUUUUUGCCUGGUAAUGCCAGACAGUUCUAACACCUUAACUUGUUCUGUUUGCUUGACAACAAUCCCCCCCACUACCAUCACAAUAUUCAGAGUCUUUGAGAAUAAUCUUCUAAAUUAACCUAAACAAAAUGUGAACAGAAUUUUGUUAAUUUUCA